UCGAAUCCUUCAUCUUCAUCGCUCACCGUCCAAAUCCCCCUGAAUUAUCGAAUCUCUCUCUCCUCCCACCAAAAAAAAAUAAUCAGAGGUUUUUUUUCUGGAUACGAUCGAAAUCGAAAAGCGAAACCGACCAGGGUUCUCUGAUCAGGGAAUCAAGGGGAAAAAAUCUCUUUUUUUCUUCUUUUAUGGGAAAAUCUAUUCCCACAAAAACAGGGUUGAGAGCGGCGGCGGAUGCGUCUUUAAAACUCGUCAAAUCUUUGAAAUCGACCCGACCCGUCUCCGCAAAUCUCCGUUCGGUUUCUGAAACGAAGUUAGGUUCGGAGAAGGUGAUGGAGAGCGCCAGUGGUGAAGCCGCCGCCGCCGGCAGCAUCCGCCGUGUUCCUCUGUCGGCGGGGGGCGCCGGUUGUGCGAAGCGGUGGUUCAAGGAGACGCUUCAGGAAGCGAAGGCUGGUGACACGGGCAUGCAGGUCUUGGUGGGUCAGAUGUAUUACAGUGGCUAUGGAUGGUUCAAGGAGACGCUUCAGGAAGCGAAGGCUGGUGACACGGGCAUGCAGGUCUUGGUGGGUCAGAUGUAUUACAGUGGCUAUGGAGUUCCCAGGGACGACCGAAAGGGGAGACUCUGGAUUUCCAAAGCAUCGAAAAUUCGUUCUUCAGUUUGGAGCGUGAGGGAUAAGCAUCCAGGUUACAAUGCCAGCGAUUCUGAUUCCGAAUAAUAUGGGCAAUUUUCCUAUGUUCUUCUGAUGGCAGUAGUUUUGAUUUGAUCAUUGGUGAUGCUGGAAAGAUGAACAAUUUCGUUUUGCAGUUGUUGUGUGUUGCCUUUUUGUCAUGUUUCUGGGUGAUUGUGCAAUGAUUAGGGGAAACUAAUGAUACUUGGAGAAAGCUUGUUUAGCUGUUGCCCCCCCCCCCAUAGAUGAAAACUUUAUAAAGGGUGAUGAUAUACAUUUGAAUUGUGAUUUGAUGUAAAGCUUGAUGCUUUGUUAUAUGAACAGAGUCAAGAGUGAAUGCUCUGUUUCAUAGGAUCUGAAAGAUUCUUCCUCCUUUUUGAGACA